UUGUGCCUCCGAACACAGACACUCUGAAUUAUAACAGUGAAAUUGUGCCUCUGAACACAGACACUUGGAAUUAUAACAAAGUGAAAUUCAGCUUCCAAACACAGACACUCUGAAUCUUGAGAUAAUAAAAUUGUGUACGAGUUUAAACGAGUUUAAACGUGUUAAAACGAGUUGUACAUAAUAAUGCAUAUACACAUAUAUAUCGUAAGUCAAUUUAACAACAUGAAGAACGUUAAAUUUCCUAUAUAAAAAUAAUUUAUGAGACAUGAUAUCGAAUUACUGGUUGAGUUGGACUUACGUAUAAUUUUUUGGCACAUAUUGAAGUUCUUGUUUGUAUAAAAAGAAUGUUACUUUCAAUUACAGGUUAACCCAACAAAUCAAACAGUGAUUACAUCUCGAAAAAUAAGGAGAAAAAUUCACCGCUUGACAAGAAGGGUAGCCAACACUUGUAAAAUGCCUGGGGCACCCAUCAUGGCCCUGAUAACGAUCCAGCCAAAUGGACAAGUGUGUCUUACAGGAUCACCAACCUUAUGUCAGGUUUUAAAAGGCACCAAAGGUCAGGAUAUUCUAGAAGUGGCAGAAAAAUCAGUAAACAAAGCAGUUGUGCCAGGUGCUAAAGAACGUGGCACAUACCACCAAACGCAGAAACCAGAGUACUGGCCAAAAGAAGUUCCUUUCUGCUCGCACUCUGCCAAAGGACCUGAUGGAAAAGGGCGGAUGAUUUCAAUCACUCAAAUAAAAGAAGUUCUUGAAUGUUUCAGGAGCUACUGCGCAGAGAAAAUUCAAGAAGGCUGUCAGCCGAUAAAUUAUGUAUCAACAACAACUAUGGAUGAGUUGCAAAAGUUAGCUGGAUUGGAAAAGGGGAAGCAUGAGAGAAGAGACAGUUUAAUCACAAAGAGGUAA